AUGGGAGACCAACGAUACGUCACCGAGAUUCCCAGCAGUCUCAAACAGCUGGCGCGAUUUGUAGUACGCGGCUUCUACACAAUCGAAGAUGCUCUCGUGGUGGAUAUGCUGGUCCGAAAUCCCUGCAUGAAAGAGGACGAUAUUUGCGAGCUAUUGAAAUUUGAACGAAAAAUGCUUCGUGCCCGAAUAGCAAUCCUGCGAAAUGAUAAAUUCCUACAGGUUCGAUUGAAAAUGGAAACCGGACCGGACGGAAAAGCGCAGAAGGUAAACUACUACUUCAUCAACUACAAAACGUUCGUCAACGUGGUGAAGUACAAACUGGAUCAUAUGCGCAAACGAAUGGAAACAGAGGAGCGCGAUGCCACUAGCAGAGCGAGUUUCAAGUGUCCUUCCUGCAACAAAACAUUUACUGAUCUCGAAGCUGAUCAGCUGUACGAUUUCAAUACAGACGAAUUCCGUUGCACGUACUGUGGUAGUGCCGUGGAGGAAGACAGUUCCGCGCUACCGAAAAAGGACUCAAGACUGUUACUAGCAAAGUUUAACGAACAGCUGCAACCGCUGUACGAUCUGUUACGGCAGGUCGAGGGUAUUAAACUGGCACCAGAGAUUUUGGAACCAGAGCCAGUAGAUAUAGAUACAAUUCGGGGAAUCGCAAAACCUACUACCAAAGCACCAACGGAGCAAUGGUCAGGCGAAGCCACCCGGUCCAGUGGGUUCGCCGUCGAGGAAACGCGGGUUGAUAUUACGAUCGGUGAUAAUGAUACGCUGGACACUGGUACACAGCGUAAAGACCGGCCAGUCUGGAUGACAGAGUCGACCGUUAUUUCGAACGAAAUGGAUGAAAAUUCGGUCGAUGCCAUCUUGGAGAAAGCUGCCUAUACGUCUACACAGCCACCGUCCGUUUUGGGCAGCGGUGGCAGCCUUGGGGGCCAUAACGCCACCACGAACGUCAUGUCGUCCACUCGCGGUCGCAAGGAUGCUGACGACAUCAUGUCUGUGCUGCUUCAGCACGAAAAACAGAGCGCCAGCAAUGCCGCAAACGAUGCCGUUCGAGGUCUUGGUAGAAAUAACGAUGGCAAUUCUAGUGAUACUAGCGAUGACGAUAGAGAUAUCGAAAACGCAGAAAUACCAAGUGUAGAAAUUAUGGAUUCGGCGUCCGAUGACGAUAUGCCAUCGGUGACCGUGGCUGGAAAGCCAUACCCAUUGGAUGAAAUCAAUGACACGUUGAUAGCGGACAUGACCCCGCAGGAAAAGGAGACCUACAUACAAGUGUAUCAGGACCAUUUCAGUCAUAUUUACGAUUAA